AGACAUUGGUUAAUGUCUUCUCCAAGAAGAUGCCAGGAAGACCUUUUUGAGUGAAAUGUCUUCCAAAAAACAAACAAUCUGCAGAGCCCAUCAUCUGCGCGCGUCUGCGCGGCGCAGACAAAAGACGCCAGAAGACUUUUUGUCUCCCGCUGCUAAAAUUCCCAAAUCUCCCUUCUCCCGCUUCAACCUCCAACUCCAAUUCAACGUCCUUCUUCUCCGUCGAGAGCAUAGCAGCGCCGACAGUGCCACUCGUCCAGCUCCAGCGGAGGUCUGCGGCAGUCGAGUCUCGAAGCCGGCAUCUGCGAGGAAGUCUACGAUAGUCCAACCUUCCAUCUCCAGCGCCGGCGGCCCCACCCCUCCAGCUUCAGCGCCGGUAGACUUGCGUAAGCCCGAACAGCAUCUGGAGGCUAUUAUGGACAAUAUGAUGGAAGUUUUCAAUGGGAUAGAGUGCAAGAACUUCAUUGUUGUUGGACCAGUGUUUGUGAUUUUUUGCCCGUGAAUGGAGAUGGGAGACAUUGGGUUCUAGCUGAAUUAGACCUCUUACGAAAUGAAGUUCGAGACAUGGCUGAUUUCUGAUGUCAAAUUGCAGCUAGGUUAUGGCGUGGAAGGAAAACACCCAAUAUUUAGCAUUUUUACUUUACAAUUUUAGGGGUCUUUAAUUUUUGUGAAACUCUUUGUAAUGGUUUA